AUGGCACUAAUUACCAGUGUAAGGAGACUCCAUCGCCUAUAUUUACGCUUCCCUCACUUCUCUCCAUCCCACAUUUUCAUCUCAUCAACCCCUCUGCCUUCCCCUGCAACUCAUUUAUCUCGAGCAUUUCACCGAACACCUCACAGACCAGUUGAGCACGGGCCUCAUUUCGAGUAUUCUUACCAAAUUGUCGACUUUUCUAAACAAUUGGACGAAAUCAAACAAGAAACUCAGUUGGGACUCCGAGGAAUUCUCGAAAGAGCUGAAAAAGCCAAGGAUUUUGCUUCCGGUGAUGAAGCCAUAGCCUUUCUUGACGGCUCCGGUGUCCAGCCCGAUAAUGAUUUAAUAUUUUCAGCUAUUUGGGCUUUGAGGGACGAUUGGAAGUUGGCGUUCUUGGCGUUCAAAUGGGGCGAGAAAUGGGGUUGUGUGGUCCACAAGACUUGGUGUUUGAUGGUGUGGUUGCUGGGCAACCAUCAAAAGUUCGGCACGGCCUGGACUCUGAUUCACGAGCUUCAUCGUGAUUCCAAGGAUACCAAACAGGCGAUGCUCAUUAUGAUCGACCGAUAUGCUGCUGCAAAUUACCCAGACAAGGCCGUGGAGACAUUCCAUUUGAUGCAGAAGUUCAAGUUUACGCCCGAACAAGACACGUACCUCACGUUCUUGAAUAUCCUUUGCAAGCAUGGAAACAUUGAGGAGGCCGAACAGUUCAUGUACCUCAACAAGAAGUUCUUCCCAUUGGACUCAAAGGGCUUUAAUGUAAUUCUCGAUGGCUGGUGCAACACAGCAAGAGACAUAGGAGAAGCCAAGAGGGUCUGGCGUGAAAUGUCCAAAUGCUGUGUCAUGCCUGAUGCUACUUCCUACACCCACAUGAUCUCGUGCUACUCAAGUACAGGCAAUCUAUUCGACUCUUUAAGAUUAUACGAUGAGAUGAAGAAAAGGGGGUGGAUCCCAGGUGUCCAUGUCUACCAUUCAUUGAUUUAUGUGCUGGCCCGUGAAAAUUGCCUAAACAAAGCUCUUAAGAUAGUAGAUAGGAUGAAAGAGGCCAGUUUUAAGCCAAACUCGACCACUUAUAACCUCGUAAUACGUGCCCUUUGCGAAUCAUUAAAAUUUGAGGAUGCAAGAAAUGUGCUAGCUCGAAUGAUAGCAGAAGACCUCAGCCCAACAGUUGAGACCUAUCAUGCGCUGUUGAAGGGCGAGAGCUUAGAAGGGACUCUGGGCGUGCUCAGCUACAUGAGGAAAGCCGGUUUGGGCCCCAGCAAGGAUACGUUUCUUAUUGUUCUCGAUAAGUUCUCAAAAGAGGGCCAGCCCGAAAAUGCGCUGAGGAUAUGGUCGGAAAUGAAUAAGGAGUACGACGUGAAGCCUGAGUGCGCGCAUUACCGGGUUUUGGUAGAAGGGUUGACGAAAAACGGGUUGCUUGAGAAAGCCCAAGAAAUUUACACUGAGAUGAGAUGCGUUUCACCAUUCAAUGAUCCAUCGCUAAAGAAGCUUCUAGAUGAACACGUCCAACAGAAAGUGUGUGGGGGAAAAGGUAAACGGGAAAUGACAGUUGUGAGGAAUAUAAAGAAGGGCAAAGGUUUACGUUGUAGUAGAUAUCGAAUAAAUAGUGGGGUAAGGAGUGGAAAAAGGCCACGAGCUGCGAGAAAAAAAGUGGGGAAUACUGGAAGAGAGAAAGAAACUAAUUCUGGAAAAAGGCCAUUCUCUUGA